AUGACAAUGACCGAUAAAGAUAUCGAGAUUAUAAAUGAAAUCACUAAUCAAAUAACAUUUUACGGACCGUUGUUAAUCAUUAUUAGCGGAACACUUGGUAGUCUUUGUAAUGUUAUUACAUUUACAUCAAGACAAUUGCGUUUUAAUUCAUGUGCAUUUUAUUUUUUAUGUUCAUCAAUAUUUGAUCUAUUUUAUUUAUUAUUCGGUGGAAUAACACGUCUUAUGAUUGACCAUUUUUCUAAUGUAUUACCUAAUACAUCAGUUCUACUUUGUAAAUGUCGUACUUAUCUAGUUGUUGUUAUACCAUCAUUGUCUACUAUUUUCAUAAUGCUAGCAUCGAUGGAUCGGUGUUUAUCAACAUCUAAUUCAAGAAAAUGGCGCAACUUAAGUCGAAUAAACAUAGCUUGGCGUGUGGCAAUAAUCACUUUAGUAAUCUUAAUGUUUUCUACUUCUCAUAUACUUUUCUUAUUCGAAUUACGUGCAAAAGAUGUCAAUAGCAAUACAUAUAUAUGUGGACCUCGUAAUAAUAUAUACAAAAUAUUUAUUUCAAUUUAUGUUUUUUUGAUUGGUCCAUUUAUGACUUAUACAAUUAUGUUCAUUUGUACAAUGAUUACUUUAAUACGAAUUCGGACGUUGAAAUAUCGAAUGGGAUAUUCACUAAAUCGAAGAAGAAAAACAAUACAUGAUAAUAUGGAUCGUCAUUUAAUAACUUUAUUGUUCGUUCAAUUUAUAGUUUAUCGACAAACAACAUCAACAAAAAUAUUUACAGAAUAA